GAGUACGUAUGACGACUUUAUCGGCAUUUUAACGUCACAGGCAGGCGAUCGCUUUAUGUGUGAGACAGUUUUUUUUUGUUGAUUAUGUGCUUCUGUACUUACCAUUCAUCAGAUUGCGAUGAAACUUACUUAGUACUUUAGUAGGGACAGUUAUUUUUGGGACUUACAGAAAGGUUUCUGACAUGGUGUACAUAAUUUUGUUGCAUAGAAAUUUAACGAUUGUGCAUGCAACGGAAGAUACGGAAACUUUCAAAAUGAGCGAUAGAGUUUUCACAUGUAGCAAAUGGCUAUCUUCAGUUAUAGAAAACUUCUGCAACAACGUUUAUAAAAUUGUGAAAAGAGACACUUCAGCCAUGCUAGAUAAGCUGUCACCGAAGGAUUUAAUGAGAAAACAAAGACAUAUCGCUAAGGAGAGAUGGCGACGAGUCAGACGACAAGUGGCGACCGAGUGUUGCGAGCGACCCUGCACAGUUGGAACCAUUAUCAUGUACUGUCCUGAUGAUGCGAAAUUGUUAAGGGAAAACCCCGAUAUAUUUAAUUAAGAUCUAGGUUAUAUAGCUGAUUAUGCAUAUGCACCGCACAACGACGAAGAUGUGAGGUGUGUUGGUGCAGGUGUCAAACAGAGAAUUGGAUUCGCAAGCACAUAAUAUUAAGUUGUGGUGUUGUGAGUAGUAACGCGACAGAAGGCGAUCAGAGUUCCACAUUUUAUAUGAAGACGUUGCUCUCUGCCACACUGCUGAUAGAGGCGUGGUCAUGGCGUGGCAUAGCUCUCCGAUUAUGGCACCGAAUGGCGUUGCGAUGCAUGAACCACAUACGGAGUGGUCGGCUCAAGGAAUUAAUCAUUCGAUAAUUCAUACAAGUACCUACAGUAAAGUACCAUUUUACGAUGGAACUUAUUAAACGACACUUAAAAUAUUUAAAACCACGCUCACGUAAACUCUCCUCCGGCAGGGCGCCGCCGAGUGGAGCUGAUCUACGCGAGUUCGGCAAACGCGGGUCGCGCCGCCCGUGCCCUGCAAGACCGUAUA